AUUCGUCAAGCGGGGUUGAUAAGGAUAGUUCGGUUCGGAGGGACUGGGACAGUAUCAGUGUUGUAACAACUGCAGUUGUUUGUGUCCGCCUUUCAGGUGAUUCAACUUUGUGCCUUGUGACACUCACCUUGUGAUACAACUUAGUAACAAUUAGUUUUAGUUCGGUUGUCAUUUGAAUGAUAAAACUAAUGAGUACUGUUUACAAAAAAACUUUCCAAUGCUUAUAUGACUUUUCGAACUUUUCAUUUUAAAAAAUGAACUUGAAAAUAACAAUGGAAGCACACGAAGCCGGUUGAGAUAUCAAGCGGAAAAAACUUAGGAAGUAAUGGCAGAGUGUGUCCAAGUAAUAGUGAGAUGUCGACCUAUGAACAGCCGUGAGCUCAGUUUAAAUUGCAAGAAUGUGGUUCUCAUGGACUCGGAGCGGUGCACGUGCUCACUCGUCAACCCGAAUGAUUGCUCUGCGCCGCCAAAGGUGUUCACUUUCGAUGGCGUCUACUACAUCGACUCCACCACCGAGCAAAUCUACAACGAGAUCGCUUAUCCCUUGAUCGAGGGUGUGCUGGAGGGAUACAACAGCACAGUAUUCGCGUACGGACAGACAGGGUGCGGCAAGAGCUUUUCGAUGCAAGGCGUGAAGGAUCCAGCGGCUCAGAGAGGGAUCAUCCCGCGCGCAUUCGAACACAUCUUCGAGGCCAUCUCGCUUGUCGACAACGUCAAGUAUCUGGUGCUCGCCUCCUAUCUCGAGAUCUACAACGAGGAGAUCAGAGACCUGCUCGGCAACGACAACAAACGCAAACUCGACCUCAAGGAGAGUGCUGACAGAGGUGUUUAUGUCAGCGACCUAUCGCACCACGCUGUGAGCGGAGUGGCAGAGUGCCAGGAGCUGAUGGAGAAGGGAUGGCGCAAUCGGUCGGUGGGAGCCACCCUCAUGAACGCUGACUCAUCCAGGAGUCACUCCAUAUUCUCCAUCUCGAUUGAGAUGAUGCCGUUCAGCGAACACCUGGAUGCCAGCUGCUCGAUUCGACGCGGAAAACUCAGUUUGGUUGAUCUGGCUGGCAGCGAGAGACAAGCUAAAACCGGAGCGACUGGUGAAAGACUAAAAGAGGCGACUAAAAUCAAUCUGUCACUUUCAGCCUUGGGAAAUGUGAUAUCAGCUCUAGUCGACGGAAAAGCGAAGCACAUCCCCUACCGAGAUUCCAAGCUCACACGAUUGUUGCAGGACUCAUUAGGAGGAAACACGAAGACGUUGAUGGUCGCUUGCCUGUCGCCUGCUGAUAACAACUACGACGAGACCUUGUCAACACUGAGGUAUGCCAACAGGGCAAAGAACAUUCAGAACCAGCCGCACAUCAACGAGGAUCCCAAGGACACAAUGCUCAGAGAAUAUCAGGACGAAAUAAGGAAGCUGAGAGACAUGCUCGAAAACUCAUCCGAUAUGUCACAGUCUGUUCCGUUGGCAGAUGACAGCAUAUUGCAACUGGAGAGGGAGAAGUUGAGAUUGGAGUAUGAGCAGGAGAUGCAGGCUCUGAGAGAGCAAUACCAUGAGAUGCACAGCACCAAGUGCCAGGUGCAGGCCGAUCUUCAGGCACUCAAACAGCAAUACGAGGGUGAAAUAUCACGAAUCAAUACCCAGGUUGAAACAAAACAAAUUCCAACGCCAAGAAAGCCUGUUUCAAAUGAUCCUUUAGACAUUGAAAAUCCCAUAAUCAGUCCAGCUCAACAACAGAUAUUGAAAAGGCUGCAGAAGCUACAAGCCAGUAUGGUGGGAGGAGAGAGAGUGGGAGAUAGUGAGCUGCGAGAGAGGCGUCUGAGAAAGAAGAGAGCGGCCGAACGACGACUGAAAAAAUUGGCGCAAAUUUUGGCCAAAGUGGACGGCGAAGAUAAGGGCGAAUUGGUGCUUGGUGUCUACGACGACAUACAGGAAGAACUGAAAGCUACACUUAGAAAACACAAAACCAAGGUGAAAGGACUUGAGAGAGAAAUAUCAGACUUACAUAGUGAAUUUGAAUCCGAACGAACAGAUUAUCUAGAAACAAUACGACGCCAACAGCAGCAAAUCAAACUUUAUCAGCAAAUACUCGAUAAGAUAAUACCGACGUUGAAAAAAGAAUGUAAUUAUAGGGAUCUAGACAAAAUCAAAUCAGAAGCAGAAUGGAGUGAAGAUGAGCAGUCCUGGAUACUUCCCGAAAUUUCUAUGCAUACAAAAUUACCUCCAGCGGGGCCGUACGUGGCAGUGGCGACCAGUGAUGGCUCGGGCUCGACCGGACGAUGGAACAAGUCAAGUGGCAGCAGUGACGUUUCCAACGGUCGUCAGUCGAGUACUCCUACAGAUAACGACAAUGAAGCAAACGCCUACAUAUUCCAGAAGCUACAAAAAAGCGAAGAAGAAGAUUUCGCUGGAAAUUAUUUCAAACCGAAACGUGCCACUGAACUAUUAAUACGCGCUCAAGAAGAUGCAUCAAAAGCAUUCAAUAAAUGGAAAGAGAACAACAAUCGGAUUUCGAAAACCGGAGGUCCUAGUCUGAACUCGAGCUUAAAUCAGAACGGAUUCCACAGUUCGCUCAACUCACUGCACAUGAAUCCAGUCGUCGCUCCAAGCAAUGUGGCAUCUGCUUUUCUCAACAGCUCCUGGGCUGGAUCUCAGCCUUCACAGCCAAACACAUGGCUUGAUAAUAAUUUUCGGAUUUCACCAGAGUUCUCGUCCAGAAGGCCCCUACGACUGGAAGCCCUGCCGAUGGCAGACAAAAAGCCAAAUCAACACAAAUCAGAGUUGAAUACCCUUGAUGUUAUUUGACCUAAGAUUUUAUCAAAUAACUAUGUACAUAAACAUAAUUAUUACAGAGAUUAUUUUAUUAUUACUAUUUGAAAAUAAAUGAGAAUAUUUUUUGUUAAA